CUGAUCCUACUGUUGCCAAGCGCCGUGUUUCUUCAUAUUCUUGGCCCGCACACGGCCUCUAGAUGGGAUACGUUAUUUGAUCAUUUGCCAAGUCAAAAUCUUUCACCCAUCCAAAAUGUCCUGGCCAGCAGGGCCUUUGGGCCAAAUGAGCCGAGUUGGCGCUGGUUCAGCCAUCCUCCUCGCACUGUCCCUCGUUAGGUUCAUCUAUGAGCGCGCUUUGGUGCCCAUGUACGCUUCCGGGCCGACCACCUACGCUCUAGACUCUACGGUCGUCGCUGCUUCGCUCCUCGCUGCCGUCCAUCCUUUCGGCCACGUGUCAGCAUCGAGCGUACUGCUCUACGCGAGUCUUUUGUUCUCGGUCGCGCCGUUGACGGUGUAUUGGACGACAUUGUGGUCUGCACGGCUGGGGUGGCCUGUGCUUGGUCCAAUCGCUACACACACAGUCGCGCUGGUUCCGCUGGUGUUAGUGCUGAAUGUUUUGGUCGCGGAAAUCCUCCCCUUCGGUCUCAUCAGAACUGCGCUUGUGCGCCGUCUUGUUUCGGGAAUAGUGUGCGUUAUUGCCGCGGUGAAGCUUGCGGGCGUCUGGAGCAGAGCAUCGUUUCUGGAUAGUGUCUCGGAGACAUACGUGUUCCAUGGGCUAGCUGCUACGCUGCUCAAUUUCUGGUUGCUCUCAUACGACCCAAAUCCGGCACCGUCUGCUGUCCGCCGCGGGCAAAUACCACGCAAGAAAAAGCCGAGUGGAAUCGCCUCGAAUCCCUAUCUACGAGCGUUUGUGAUCGGUUUCGCAAACUACGUGUUGUGGAAGGGUCGGCAUGUGCUCUCUUCGCCAGUGCUGCCGCACCCUUUGCCCGAGCCGUACUCGCAUCCCAGCUUCCCUCUUCUCAUCCACUCCGCGGUACAGUCAGUGACGGGCCUCAUCGUGGUCGGAGAGGCUCUCCCUCCACCGGGCUAUCGGGGUGGGGCGGAUGCCGAGAUGCAUUCGCUUCGAUACUUGCGAGCGUCACAUUCUCUACUGGGCGGAACGUGGAUGGGCGCAAAGGUGGCCACACUUGAUUCCGCGCCACCUCCCACGGACUCCUUUGGCACUGCCCUAGGAGAUUCGAUCUAUGCGACGUUCGUUCUGCAGGAGGCGGUGCGCCUGGUCAAUAGCACGAAGAAGGGUGUUGCUGGGACCUGGGACCGGGCUCUCAUCAUUGGCUUGGGCGCAGGAAUCUCCGCCAGUGGAUUCCGCCGACUGGGAAUUGAGACUACUAUUGUCGAGAUCGACCCGGCCGUUUAUGACGCUGCGCGGCUGUACUUUGGGCUCCCGGAACAUGAUUCUGAGAAUCUGUUCCUCGAGGACGCAAGGCGGUGGGUCUUCCGAAAACAGGCCAGCAUCGAGGCUAGAAAUGAAGAGAAUGUCUUUGAUAUUAUCGUGCACGAUUGCUUCUCUGGUGGUGGCGUUCCCGAACACAUCUUCACGCUGGAGUUCUGGAAUGCACUCAGAACUACGUUGCAUCCGGAAGGUGUUCUGGUAGUGAACAUCGCUGGGACAGUCACAUCCGAAGCAACUCGUUUAGUCUCACAGACUUUGCUCAAAAGCUUCGGACAUUGCCGAGCAUUCCAUGACAGCCCCGAGUCAUUGAAAAUCGAGCAAUACGAAACUGAGUUGAUGAACUUUGUGUUCUUCUGCAGUCCUCUGCGACCGCUCACCUUCCGUCCCGCUCGAAAAUCGGACUUCCUUCAUUCAUGGCUGCGAGAAAGCAUGCUCUCGUCCUUGCUAGAGCGAGAGGUCGCUUAUGAGCUGCUUACUGGGGAGCUGGACGAUGAAAACUAUGUACUUACCGACGAACACAAUCCACUAGGGAAAUUACAAGACGCCCAGGGACAUCAUCAUUGGCAACUGAUGCGGCAGGUUCUUCCGGAUGUAUUUUGGGAAACUUAUUGAACGGACUUGUAAAUCAUGGACUACUUGCAGAUUCCCAACUGGGAAUGCUACCAACAAAGUGAUAAUAGCUUGAUUUUGAGUAACUGGUGUCAAAGAUUUACAAACCCCAUCAACCCCCAAACUAACCAUACCGACGUCCUUCAACGUCUUCUGCGAACCAGUCGUCUGUUUCCCGUGUUCUCUCAGCCGUCGCUAUAUUGACGAUCACAGAUUUGCUCUGGGAAUCUGCAGGGGGAUGGUAUCAUUCACGGAAAGAUGAUUCCAAGACUUACACGAUUCAAAUGCCUCGACUCCAUUCUCUCGGCCGAUCCCGCUCUCUUUCAUCCCACCCCUGACAAACUUAUUCCAAGACGAUUUAAGGUCAGAGAACGCCGCUUACCAAGGACUCGAAGGAUCAUUGCGAUGGGCGGUAUUGACCCAACACAGCCCGGCUUCGAUUUUGUUGGCAACUCGAUGCGCACGAGACAGGUUCUGUGUCCAAAGACUUGCACCCAAGCCAUAUUUACAGUCGUUGGCCAAUUUCACCGCAUCCUGUUCCGACUGCGUGCAGGUUUGAGCCAUCUUGUCAAGACCUUCGCAGUCCGCAGACAUACCGAGAACUUGACUGCGACAACCACAGGCCCAAAAAUCUCCUCUUGCCAUAAAAGAUUGGAGGUGUCAAUGUUGGCGAUGAUAGUCGGGGGAUAAAAGGAGCCUUGACUAAAGUCGAAGCCAUCGAGAGCCGAUGCACCAGACAUUCGUUGGCCCCCGGUCAAAACGUCUCCUUGGGUCGGUUGAUCGAGCAUAGCCUGGAUUCGAGCGAGAUGCCGCUCAGAGAUCACAGUCCCCAUUGUGGAUUUGGGAUUGAGCGCUGUGAUAUAUCAGUAUCGGAAGGAUAGCCGGAAGGGGCGACGUACGGUUGCCCAUCCGUUUACGAAUACUUUCAGCCUUAUCGACGAACAAGGGCAUGAAUGUGUCCCAUAUCGAUUCAUGGACAAUCAGGCGCGUUCCGGACACGCAGGUCUGACCGGAAGCCACGAAUGCCGCGAAUGCCGCUCCGUUUACUGCCGAUGGGAUGUCGGCGUCUUUGAACACGACCAUCGGCGCCUUUCCACCAAGCUCUGCGGUGAAGGAAGCAAGAUUCCUCCCAACUAUACCACCAAGUAUCCGUCCGGUAUGUGUUCCUGCCUGACCGGCUUACAGCCUGAUAGAUGACUGGAGAUAUCAGGACCCACUGUAACAUCAACCUUGCGAACCAAAGGAUUUUCCGACAAUGAUUGUGCGGUGCUCCCAUAUCCAGGCAAGACUGAAAGAACACCGUCAGGCACUGCAGGGUGAGACGUUGAGAUAAGUUGACGCAGAUGUCAUCUUUUGACUCCUUACGGCCGACACUUUCUGCUAGAUGAGCGAACUCCAACACAGAUAUGGGAGCGAGCUGGAGACAUUCAUAACAUCGCCCAGGCAUAGGAUUGGUCCACUCACUUCAGAAGGCUUCACGAUGACAGAGUUUCCUGGGUAAAGUUGAGAAGCCAGAUCAAUGCCGAAGAGCAAUGAGUACCUGCCGCAAGUGCUGGCGCAAUCUUCUUGACAGCAAUGAGUAGUGGAUGAUUGAAAGGCUGGGGCAUUCAGUUCCCAGACGGACACCGGACAUGCAGUACUGACAGUGAUUUGGGCCACCACUCCCAAAGGGACGCGCUGUACAUAGUUGAGCAACGGCCCUUGAGUCGGAGCCACAAAGGCUUGCUGAGUCCGUAGUAGAGCCGCGUAGUAGUCACUGAGAAGCCACACGAUCUUUACUUAUCUGUCCAAGAUACGAUGCACAUGGCCACGCACAUCCAUUCAGGUAGGCGGCCCAGCUGUGCUUUCAUCUCCCGAAGGGCACGACCCGUCUGUCUGGUCUCGAUCUCUGCAAAUUCGCCUAUUCGUUCUUCCAGUGCUCGUGCUAAUCGUGAUAGCGUUUUAGAUCGUUGUAGGGCUGGUGCCCUGGACCAGAUGCCAGAUUGGAACACGGAGUGUGCACUGGCCACAGUUUCCUUGACAUCCGCAUCCGAAGCGGCCUCAACUCUUACAGUGCUUUUCAGUGGCGAGCCUCUGGAGAAGUCGACUACGCACAUACAAAGUGGCGUCCCAUCCGCCGGGUUUGUCACCAGAAUCUCUUCGCGAGACUGUGUCAAGGAGGGAAGAGAACUCGGAAGAAAAGGGGGUAUCUGGCUUUAUGAAGCCAACGGCAGGAGGCAGAGGGACGGAACGCGCAUUUCGCUUGAGCAAGCAUGGUUCCUGUCAACAAUUCCAAGCCUCUGCCUGCCGGGACCAGGACCGGCAAUCAGCGCGCCUGAGACGCGACGCGUUCCUCACGUGGUACUAGGCAAACAUUGACCAACACAAACCCGGGCACGAUUACAACUUGGACUCCGCUUUUGCUUUUUGCCACCACUGCCUAUCAGCUUGAGCUGUCUCUUAACAUGAGCCCUGAAGCCGUACCGCUCAGGCGCUCUUCCCGCGCUCCCCCCUCCAAGUCUGGGCCCGCACCUAAACCGCCUGCGCCCAAAGCGGCCGCGAAACCACCAUCCAAGGUCAAGCCCGCGCCAAAGGCUACCAAAAAGCGCGCAGCAUCUCCCGAGCGAGCGCCAUCCCCGCCGCCAAAACGUUCCAAGAAGGCCACGAGUCCAGAGAACAUCGAUCCGGCAGAGCCCGUGGCCCACGCUGCAGACAAGAAGAGCAAGAAGAAGGAGAUCACUGUUAUACCGCAGUCAAAGCCGUAUUUCAAUGGUCUCCCGACCCCUCCUGAGAAGAAACGACCAGGGCUGCAGGUCUUUGCGUGGGGCGCUGGCAACUUUGGGCAGUUUGGGAUGGGACCAGAUUUCCUCGGUGAAUUUGAUAAGCCGAAGAAACAUGCUUGGGUCGCAGAACAGAUUGAGGAGGGGGCAUUCGGUCCAGAUAAGGCUGGCAUCGAGACCGUGGCUGCUGGUGGAAUGCACACUGUUUUCAUUGACGAGAAGGGAACUGUAUGGACAUGCGGCGUCAACGAUGAUGCUGCUCUUGGGCGAGUCACAGAAGGUGUCUCGGACCCCGAAGGCACAUUGACGAGCAUCCCGCACCCCAUCGAGUCAUUGGUGAAGGAAAACUUCCGUGCCGUCCAGGUUGCGACUGGGGACAGUAUAUGUGUAGCGCUCGACACCAACGGUGACAUAAGACUGUGGGGCUCUUUCCGAGCAGAUGAGGGCUCGCUCGGCUUCUCGGAGUCGGCCCGACAUCAAUUUGUUCCUGUUCCAGUCAGCAUGGAUCUCAUUCAUAAGCCCGGGGACUACGAGAAAUUUUCCGCUGUUGCAACAGGGGCAAACCACGUUCUCGCGCUGACUACACAUGGCCAUAUUUUCUCAUGGGGAUCCGGCCAGCAAUCACAGCUCGGACGCAAGGUCCUCGAGCGCCAUCAGAUGAAGGGUACCAACCCACAGCGGGUUAUUCUUGGCACUCGUUCCCUCCGGGCCGUUGUGAUCGGGGCUGGCAUCUACCAUUCGUUCGCUGUUGACGAGAAGGGGACCGUCUGGGGCUGGGGAUUGAACAGCCUGGGCCAAGCCGGUACCGGUCUGGACGGCCCGGAAGACGAAACGGUUCCUCUCCCGAAGCGAGUCAUCGGUUUGAGCAAGGAAGAGCUCGACGGAGCAACUGUCGUUCAAAUUAGCGGUGGAAACCACCACACCCUAUUCCUCACGUCGGAUGGCAAGGUCUACGCCUGUGGCCGUGCUAACAGCUCUCAGCUUGGGCUGGCACCUGACCAUCCAGCUUGGGAAGGCGACCCGAAGAAAGAGUUCAUCUCCGAACCGGCCUUGAUCGCCUUCCCAGACGACGACGAGGAUGAGGAGGAUCCUGUCGUGUAUGUUGCCGCUGGCUUGCACAGCAAUAUGGCAAUCACCAAAGCCGGCGCAUUGUUCUGUUGGGGACAGGGAGUUCAGGGCGAGUUGGGUGUUCCCGAUCUGGAAGUGCCCACUCCAAAGAUGAUUGUCCGUCGGGAAGGAGGCUCUUGGACGGCCGAGAAGGUGUCCUGCGGUGGCCAACAUACGAUGGGUCUCUUCCGCAGCAAGAAGUAGAUUCGAAAUGCCUCGAUUCCUAUGAUCACAUGCUUAGUUUUGUAGUUAUCUCGCGACCCAUGUGCAUUCUAUCUAUUCUAUACGUACAUAUACGCAACCCAUGCAUCUUUCUCCUGUGAUCGGUUUCGUAAACUCGCGACACAUGACUGCUGCAGGUCUGA